GGGAAAGGGGGUUGGGCCCUGCUCUGGGUUCCCUUGUGCUUGUCCCAUCCCAGUCCCUGUGCUCUGGCCCCAACUGGGGGAACUGGUCCUCCCCAGCCCCCUGUGCUGGGUGUGCCUGUGCAGCCACGGGGCUCUCUCAGAACAGCCUUUGCACCUUCUUCAGCUUAUUCUAAAAGCAAGCAAAAAUGUGUCUUUUAGCCUCAUUUCAGCCACCUCCCUGUUUCCCCUGGUGAAAUAUUUCAGUGAGUAGAGUGGGUUUGUGUUUGGGGCCAGAGAGAGGUUUGAGAGCAGCUUUGGGUGCCAGGCUCUGGUUGGUUCCUGGGCACUGGGGCUAUGCUGUGGCUCUCACAGGGGGCAGGUGGAGGGACUCCUUUUCAGCACCCAAACACCACCUGGGACUUGCUCCAUAGCACAAAGGCAUGGCUGAAUGAACUGGUUCAGGCUGAACUUGUGGCACCUGCUUUGAGGGCAAGAGGACCCAGAAUGUUUGCCUGGGCACCAGGAGCUUUGUCCUAGCUGUGGAUUCCUUUCCUGCUCCAGGCAGGCUUGUGAAUGUGCUGGGAGAAUGCCAGCACUGCACCCUGAAGUGGCCUGUGGGGACCAACAGGGAAUUGAAUUUGGUGGCUCUGCUGCUCCCCUUGGCAGUGGUGGCUGUUUCUAUGGGCAGGCUGCUGCACCCUGAGCCUUGGGGAUGCAGGGCUGUGCUGGGUGUCACAGCCCUCCCCCUCUUCCUUUCUGUGCAGGCAGGAAAGACCAGGUUUCCUUCCUGUGCAGGAGUGCAGCUAUGGUUGAGAAAAUCCCUCCCCCUCCUGCAGCUGCCACCAAGCCCCACGGUCCUUUCCAUCCUGGGCCACUGAGCAGCAAAGCUAUGCUGGCCUGCCCCAUCCUGGCUCCUUUGGCCCUCCUGGAGUCCUCCAGCCCCUGCCCAGGUGGGAAUCCUCAAGUGCCUCUGCUCCAGUGCUGGUGGAGUGUCCCCACUGGGACAGAGCCACUGCCGUCACACCAUCGGAGUGUAAGGAUUUAAACCCAAAUGAUGUAGGAAAAGUGAAAGCCAGCAGAUCUGGGAGCCUGGGGACGUCUCUUCCACCUUCCCAGCACCUGCUUCCUGCCCUGCCUUAUCUCUCUCGUGCAGAGAUGUCCCAGGCUCCAUGUGUUCCCACAGGGAGGAGCCAGGGCUGGAAGUUGUUACAGGGGAUUUGUAGAAGUUGGAGCCUCUCACAAGAGACAUGAGGCUCCCUGAAGGCCUCAGCCAGCAGGGGCCAUGCGAUGCUCCCUGAAACGCUCCCUCAUGAUUCUGCUCACUGCCUCCUUCCUCCUCCUCCUCCUCCUCCAUGGGAGGCAGGAACAGGAUCCCCUGAAGGUGCAGCUCAGGGGCCUGGCUCCUGACACGAUCCUGCAGCUGCUGCAGCCGGAGGGAGCCCAGCACAUCCUCAGGGACACAGACGAGCUCUCUGCACUCCACAACGUCUCCUACCAGCUCCUUGCUGGCUCCCUGGCUCCCCGGAAAAAAUUCCUGGCAGUGGGAAUGGCAUCUGUGCAGAGGCCACGUGGUUUCUACCUGCUGGCCACGCUGCAGUCCCUGUUCAGCCAGUCCACGGAGGAGGAGCUGCAGGAGAUGGUGGUGGUGGUGCACCUGGCUGACACCGACCCCGGCUGGAACGUGCGCGUUGCCGCCACCAUCGCCCGCAGGUUCGCUCACCACAUCCUCCUGGGCCGGCUCCUGCUCAUCCACGCUCCCCCUGAGUUCUACCCCACCCUGGAGGGCCUGAAGAGGAACUUCAAUGACGCCGAGGAGCGAGUGAGGUUCCGCUCCAAGCAGAACGUGGACUACGCCUUCCUGCUUGCCUUCGCCGCCAACCUCUCCUCCUACUACCUAAUGAUCGAGGACGACGUGUGGAGCGCCAGGUCCUUCCUGACAGCCAUCCGCAGGGCACUGGCUUCCCAGCAGGGCUCCAACUGGGCCACCCUCGAAUUCUCCAAGCUGGGCUACAUUGGGAAGCUCUAUCGCUCCAGUGAUCUUCCUCGCCUGGCUCGCUUCCUCCUCCUCUUCUACCAGGAAAUGCCCUGUGACUGGCUGCUGGUCCACUUCCGCCAGCUGCUUACCCAGAAGGACGUGAUCCGCUUCAAGCCGUCCCUCUUCCAGCACAUGGGGCUCUACUCCUCCUUCCAGGGCACCGUCAACCGGCUGGAGGACGAGGAUUUCCAGGCCGAUGCCUCGGACCUCCCAGACAACCCGCCGGCAUCCCUGCACACCAGCAUGUCCGUCUUUGAGAACUACGAGCCCCACAAGGCCUACAGCUCAGCACAGGGCUACUUUUGGGGCAAAGCCCCAGCAGCUGGUAGUACUUUUUCCAUCGUGUUCCAGCAGCCAGCCCGAGUCAGCCGUGUCCGGGUGCGCACGGGCUCUGUGGAGCGCCCGGGCGAUUUCCUGCACGCAGGGCUGCUGGAGCUGGGCUGGAGCCGGGAGCACAGCCAGGACUGCUCCUCCUAUGUCCCCGUGGGCUCCUUCAAGAGAGGGACCCUGGAGCAGCGGGGCCUGGAGACCGUCCUGCCUGGGCCCGUGGAGUGUGUGAGGAUCCGGGUGACCCAGGACCAGAGCGAGUGGCUCAUAAUCCAGAGCAUCGACAUCUGGACCACAGCAGGCACUUGAGCACAACAACUGUGGCAGGAUGUCAAAGCAGCUGCAUUUGGUUCUAAGAGGUCCUUUAUUUUUCACAUUCCCUUUUUGGAUAAGAAAUUAAAUUAUUGACUCCCACA